AUGCUGGAUCAUAUAGCAAGAAACUUUCCUUUGCCUAGUCUCAGUAAUGCAGAGUUUUUGAAAGAAUUGGCCUCGUAUUUGAAAGCCGGCGAAGGCUCUUCAUCUGUUCACUUGACUCACAAAAGACUCCUGCCCCAAUCCCCCGCCACAGCUGAUCAAUUGUCUUCCAAUGUCAUCAGUCAUCUGACAAGCUUUGAAACAAAUACAAACACAUACUAUGUGCUCAUAAGGGCCAAAUGUGAAGAAAAGACUCUAACCACGGCGGUUGCACCGGAGGAAUUAGGUGAUUUCUGGACAAAAUAUUCGCAAAUAGUCAAAUCUGGGUUCAAGCUGAAAAACAAAACCAAGUAA